AUACCCGUUCCUGACCUGUCCCGCUCGUCACUCAAAUGCGCCCGCCGCCGCGAUGACCACGCUCCUCCGCCGCCUCCUCCGCGCCGCUCCCGCUCCCGCCCCCGCAUCCCUCUCCGGCCACCUCCCCUUCUCCACCAGAUCCCGUCGCACGCCGCACCGCUUCCGCCGCAGCCGCCGUGGGCCCAACCCCCCGCCGCCCUCCCCCGACGCCGUCUCCGCGGCCAUCGCCUCCCUCCCCUCCCGCCUCACCCCGCCCGUGCUCGCCUCCUCCCUUGCGUCGACCUCCGACGCGCGCCUCCUCCUCCCGCUCCUCACCCACUCCCUCCGCAUCCCCGCCUUCCGCCCCGCCCCUGCCCCCUUCCUCGUCGCCAUCAAGCGCCUCGCCACCGCCGACCUAUACGCCGAUUUCGAUCGCGCCUGCGCGCUCUUCUUCUCCCUCCUCCCCUCGCUCCCUUCCCCCGGGCCCCUCCUCCGCACUGCGCUGUACUUCUACUGCCAGUUCCGUAGGCUCGGCAAGGCCUUCCACGUCUACACCCUCAUGCGCGCUUCCGCCGAUCCCUCGGCGCGCCCCUCCGCCGAUACCUACCACGCACUCUUCACCGCGCUGCUGUCGCGCGGCGGCGGCGACACCAUGGUCCACUACAUGUACAUGGACACCGUCUCGGCACUGUUCAGGCAGAUGCUCGAGGAGGGAAUCCCGCCGGACACCCGCGCGCUCAACGUGCUCGUCAAGGGCUACGCGCAGUCGCUGCACGUCAACGACGCGCUGCGCGUGUUCCACCAGAUGCGGCCCCUGUACGGCUGCGAGGCGGACGCGUUCACGUACAGCUACCUCGUGCACGGGCUCAGCGCGCAGGGCCGCACCAGGAACGCGCGGGAGCUGUUCGAGGAAAUGCGCGUGAAGGGGCUGGUGCCGACGGAGCCGGCGUGCAACGCGUUCGUCAGCGCACUGGCGAUGGCCGGGGAGGUCGAGGAGGCGGAGCGGGUGAUGUGGGAAAUGGCCAGGGCCGGGAGGGUGGUGGAUGACAUCACAAGGAGGGCGGUGGUGGAGGAGCUGUGGAGGGCCGGGAAGAGGGAGGAUGCUGACAGAAUAGUGAGGGAGAUGGAGGAGAGGGGCAUUUUGGGUGCCCGUGAGCGGCAAGUGCUCCUGGGAUCAAUCCAUGACGACUCCGGUGAUGACAAUUUGGACAUCGACGACAGAGGGAGGAGCACACGGUGACGGCCGGCUCUUAAAUGGCGGUGACCGAGGUAGGACACGAUGACGGGCCCUUAGCAAGAGUAACUACUACAUGCGACAUUGAUCUGAAUUCGGAAAGUAUGCAUCCCAUGCAAGUAUUGGUAACCCGACAGCAACUGUCUUAAAGACAAUCAGAAGUAUUUACUGGAAAAUUUUGUGAGGACGGAACUGUAAGAUUGAUAUAUAAAAUACAUUUGCUAUGGGUGCUUUUGGUGUCUAGAUCACCCAUAAAAAAGUA